AUGGCGGUUUGGCUUGGUUUUGUCCAGUACGAAGCUGAUUCAGUUGGAUUGGUCAAGGGUUGGUCAGCUACAACUUGUGUUGGGUCAGUUACCUCAAAAUUUCCAGCUUUGGAAGAAAUUAGGUUGGAGGUAAACCGGAAGAAGUAUCCAGAGUUCCUACUUAAUAUGUCAUCCUUACCAAGAGGAAUUGUCAUGAAAUGUGGAUACAAGGCUAUUGUCUUAACUGUUGACAUUCCUAGACUUGGUCGAAGCGAGGCGAAACUACUGGAAGACAGUGUUUCCAUUGACAUAGGCAAAAUGCUUGAGAGUAAUUUAUCAGAAAAAUCACCCGAGCCUUGCAUUUCCUUAGUACCUAAUUAUCUUCAUCGGGCAAACGAGAAGGCGUACGAACCACAGGUAAUUUCAAUCGGUCCAUAUCACCGGCAUAAGAAUCACUUAGUGGCAAUGAAAGAGCAAAAGAUUCACUUUCUUCAAAAGCUUCUUGAAGAAAGAGGAGGGAUUGAUGUUUCAGUAUAUGUCAUGAAAAUGAGAAAAUUAGAAGUUAAAGCUCGCAAAUGCUAUGCAGAACCGGUGAGUGACCUUGACUCAGAUGAUUUCGUUAAAGUGUUGCUACUUGAUGGUGUCUUUAUUGUCCAGAUAAUUCGCUUGCAUUUAAACGAGUCUCAAGAAAAUUUGCCGGAUGUGGUAGGUUACAGCAAUGGUUUUUAUCUUGCUUUAUCUCAUGACUUGUUAUUAGUCGAAAAUCAACUUCCCUUCUUUGUCCUUUGGGAGUUAUUUUGUAUGAUUGAGAAUAGGGAUGAUAAAGAUAUGAUCUUCAAGAAAGCAAUUUGUAAGAUGUUGGACAAAAUAGUACCAGACAAAAGGCAGCGCCAGAGAGAAGAUCCGACGUCCUUGAGAUUAUCAGAUAUCAAGCAUUUACUCGACUUCACGUAUCACUACUGCUUUCAUCCUUCAACUUCGGAAGUGGUUAAUGGAGAUCCGAAUUGCUUUAGAUCAUGUAUCAAGUAUUUACUCGACUUAGGGUAUCACUGUUGUUGCCCUCCUUCAACUUCACAAAAAAAGAAUGAUUUCAUUCGUUGUGCCACAGAGCUCAAAGAGGCUGGAAUCAAAUUCAAAUUGGUCGAUGGAAAUACCAGGUUCAAUUUCGAUAUAAAGUUUGCAAAUGGGACUUUACAUAUACCUAAAAUUAAAAUAGGAGACUAUACGGAACCUUUCCUCCGAAGUCUCAUUGCCUAUGAGCAGCUGUUCCUAGCAGACAGAAAGCAUGUCUCCGAUUUUAUGAUUGUUAUGGACUACCUUAUUGACACUCCAAAAGAUGUGGAAAUACUUUGCCAACAUAGAAUUAUUAAGAACAUGUUAGGUAAUGACAAAGCAGUUGCCACCAUGAUUAAUGGUCUAGUCGUCGGUGUCAUCUACUCCCCCUGCAGCUUCUAUUACACUAAAGUAUUCGACGAGAUAAACGAACAUCGCAGUAAACGUUGGCACCGCUGGAUGGCAAACUUGAACCACAACUAUUUUAACAGUCCAUGGGCACUCAUUUCCUGUCUGGCGGCUGCUCUGAUCCUUCUACUUACACUGCUGCAAACUGUAUUUUCAGUUCUCCCUUAUGUUAAAUGA